UCAGACUUCCGUGUCAACAUGGCGGCAUCCAUGGCAUCGCAGGCUGCAGCUGGAGGGUUGAGGGCAGCCACCGCAAAGCACCUUCUUGUUGACAAACUGAAGCUUCGGUGCACCUGGCUGAGUCCUAAAAGAUGGCUGAAUCUCCAAGAGUACCAGAGCAAAAAGCUGAUGCAAGACUGUGGUGUGGCUGUCCAAAGGUUCUACGUAGCUGACACGGCCUCUGAGGCCUUGGAGGCCGCAAGGAGACUCGAUGCCAAAGAGAUUGUUCUUAAGGCUCAGAUUCUGGCCGGUGGGAGAGGCAAGGGAGUGUUUGAUAGCGGACUCAAAGGGGGUGUACACCUAACGAAAGACCCUGCCGUUGUUGGGGAGCUGGCCAAUAAGAUGUUGGGGUACAACCUGACGACCAAGCAGACGCCCAAAGACGGAGUGAAAGUGAAAACGGUGAUGGUCGCUGAGGCCUUGGACAUUAGCAGAGAGACCUACUUUGCCAUUCUAAUGGAUCGUGCUUGUAAUGGUCCUGUCAUGGUGGGAAGUCCGCAGGGAGGGAUGGAUAUCGAGGAGGUAGCGGCCAGCACUCCGGACCUCAUCUUUAAGGAAGUCAUAGAUAUAUUUGAAGGUGUGCAGGAUGACCAGGCCCUUUGCAUGGCAGCUAAUUUGGGCUUCAAAGGACCGCUGCAGAGACAGGCGGCAGAUCAGAUUAAGAAGCUGUAUGAUCUCUUCCUGAAAGUCGAUGCCACUCAAGUUGAAGUCAACCCUCUUGGAGAAACUCCCCAAGGCCAAGUGGUUUGCUUUGACGCCAAGAUCAACUUUGAUGACAAUGCCGAGUUCCGUCAAAAGACUGUCUUUGCAAUGGACGACAUGACUGAGAGCGACCCCACGGAGAUGGAAGCCGCCAAGUGGGAUCUCAAAUACAUCGGCCUGGACGGGAACAUCGCCUGCUUCGUGAAUGGAGCCGGUUUGGCCAUGGCUACGUGUGACAUCAUCGACCUGCAUGGAGGAAAGCCAGCCAAUUUCCUGGAUCUCGGAGGAGGAGUCUAAGAGAGGCAGGUGUACGAGGCCUUCAAGCUCCUGACUGCUGAUCCCAAGGUGGAGGCCAUUCUUGUCAACAUUUUUGGGGGGAUCGUCAACUGCGCCAUCAUUGCCAACGGUAUCACCAAGGCAUGUCGAGAGCUGGAGCUGAAGGUGCCUCUAGUGGUCAGGCUCGAAGGGACCAACGUCCAUGAAGCCAAACGGAUUCUAACCGAGAGCGGCCUGCCCAUCACAUCGGCGGACAACCUGGACGACGCCGCUAAGAAAGCAGUGGCCGCCAUCAAGAAAUAGAAACGACAACUGGAGAACGUCCAAGUGGCCUUACCGUCUGUCCAGCGGCGUUGUCAGUCACGUGACCAACGUGGGUUUAGGCCUGGGCCUCAGCAGGCUUGUUUUUAACCAGCUGUCAUCACUACAGAUCAUCAGAUGCUUUAUGAGCUCGAUGAGACGUUCAUUUCUCCUCCGUCGUGCAGAUUGCCUGCCCACAUUUCCUCUUUUCCUCUCGUCUCGCCGCUGAUUGGCGUUAAUUGUCAUUCCGAUGUUGCGUUCUACUUUUCCAUCACGGAAGUCAAUCAGACAGUAACUGCAAUCUCCGUAAGAGAUUAGACGGAGACCUCAGACUUUUCCAUUCCAUUUCCAACCUAUUUUGUUUCGUUUUUCUGCAAUUGUUGACAUGAAGCUAAUUUCCAGAAGAGGCGUUGCCACCUUAAUCGUUCAUCUGGUCUUUGCUAGAAGAUGGGGCAGGAUUGGACGAGCAGCCAAUGUCACCGUGACAAGUGAAUGCAUCUUGGUCAAACGGAAACAGCCGUGAUGAUGAGAUCAUCUCUCUGCAUCCAAUAAUAAUAAUAAUAUUUUUAAUAUUUUAAUUAUCCCUCAACUUAGAUGAAUAUCACCUUAGAUGAAUAUCACCUUAGAUGAGUAUCUACAGGGAAGGUGCUCCCAACUAACGCCCCCCCAUGUUUACCCAUUUAGGUCAUAGUAGAGUUGUGCCUACAACUGCUUGGUAUCUCCUUCCGUUCCACCAACAUCUUCAUUCAGAUGUUUUGAAAAGCAACCAAAGAUGGUAUGGAAUAAAGUAUGGAAUAAAUCAAGUGUUCUUAAAUUCCAGAAGUGUUGAAAGCCAAAAAGGCUAACGUGAGAAUACAAAUUUGCAUCCAUGACACUAUUCUUGUUUUGUCAAAAAUUAAAAAUCAAUUUCAAUCCUAAUUUGGUCCAAAUAAAAACUUGUACACGAGUACGAACUGGUCCAAUAGUCGGUUCUUUUCUUUUGUUGCCUCCAAUCGCAGUUUCCGCCGUGAAUUAAGACCGCAGCAGCAAUAUGUGCUUUGAAUCAAAGAAAAACUCAAAAGGACUUUUUGGGAGACGUUUGGGGGUCCCUGGACGUUUGGACUUUGUAAAUAUUCAACUCCUCCGCAUU